GCUAGCCACACCACCCAUUUAGGCUACAGCAAAUAUGUGAGUACCUCAGUCCCGGUCUUGCUUUGGCGAUGGAACCGGAUAACAGUUUGACGGCGAUUGAUUGGUUGCCUAACCUCAGCAUUAACAUGCUUGCAGCUUCCAUAGAGAGUGAUUUCAACUUCAACUUGGAUAUGUACGGCACCUCAGUCAGCCCGGAUGAUAACAAAACCGAUUCUGAGUGUGGUUCCGCUUCUUAUCUUCCCGAAAAUAAACCACCCUACAGUUAUGCAAGCCUAAUUACGUCUGCUAUCUUAAGCUCAUCUGACAAGAAGAUGACGCUUAGUGAAAUUUAUCAGUGGAUCUGUGAUAACUUUCCGUAUUAUUGCGAAGCAGCGGGCGGUUGGAAAAAUUCUAUACGUCAUAAUCUUUCUUUGAACAAGUCUUUCACGAAAAUGCCUAGGUCCCGUGAUGAUCCAGGAAAAGGAUCGUACUGGUCCCUUUCAAGCAAAUUUGCCCGGGAAUGCGAGAUGGCUGCAUCUGCUGCAAAAAAGCAGUUGUUGUCCCGUGAUGCUGCUUCACAUAAAAGUUAUUCAACUGGAUUGGCAUCCAUCUCACUUACUGGCACCGCUCUUGGUCUCACUGUGGAUGUAUCCUCAUCAUCCACUAAAUCCAAGCUCUGUCACCGCACCAAACGUCAACGGACUAAGCAUACCGUCCCUACUUCUACUGCUGAUUGCUCGCGGCAACACACCGCCGCCUCUGAUAUCAGCAAAUUUGUAAGCACGGACGCUGCAAUCGCAUUGAAUACACAGCCUACCAAGAAGAUCAGUGGCGAGAAUGCACACAUGUGUUCAACUUUGCGAGCUGUCGCUGAAAGUGAUUCCGGUGGGACAUUGUCGCUGCGGCCUCCUUCCGCUUGCUUAUCUAAUGCCCCACCGCCGUCACUGUAUAAUUCCGUUGACAAUGAUACGAAUCACAGCAGUGCAACUCGGGAUGUCUUCGCCGACGGAUUGGCUUCCUUGCUUCCAAACCAUUCUGUUUAUUAUUCAUAUGAGUCUGGAUGCAACGUAGUAAACCGUUUUUCUUCAGCUACUACUAGAUCGGCUGAUGAAUUUCACACAGUCGAUUCUGGAGUCUACCAAUCGACUGCGAUGGCCAAAGGCGACACAACUAUGGACGAGCCGCAGGCGAUUUCGAGUGAACUAACAUCGUCUGCCUCCCAUUUUUACAUGAUUGCCCCGCAACCUACAUACCUUCAAAAUGAGCUAAGUCCAAUGUUCUCGAAAGCGCAGCUAAAUCCCAAACUUGCGGAUCUCGGAACCUUCUUCCGGUUUCUAUACCGUUCACUGUUCGUUCCUCAAAACGAAUGCCUAGGCGCUCAAGAUAUUUUUUGUUUCACCAAUUGCGGAGCUCUCAGUUCAUCUUCAGAACAUCGCCUCACGGUAGAUGACACCAGUCCCACUUCCUUGCCUGCGGGUGGACUGUUGCAUUUAAGUCGCUUGUUAUCUCCGGAUCCAAGUUGCGCCUCUCAGCCACCUUCGCAGUCGUCCGCCGGACUGUACAGCCUAACUCAUCCGCAUGCACUGUCCAGCCUGCGGUCGGCACUUAGACAGAGUCUUCGUGCUGCAGGUCAAUUUGACUGGAACUCAGUAAACCUGUGUAAAUUCCCAGAUUUAGUCUCCAAAGUUCGCGACGCCACUUCGAAUCCAAAUUCGUUGACUCUGCAGAGCUUGCACGAAUUGCAUAGCUGUUUGGAGGAUGCAUUUUCGCGCAUCCAUGCCGAACUUAACACUAACUACAUCAUGUGUACUGAACCAAUGGAUAGCUCUGCGGAAUCACUCGAUUCCUCCCAGCUUCACUCAACCAAUGCAUUCCAAGAGAUCAUCCCGUUACCAGCUGCUUUGAUUCCCAACGCAAGCGCCCAACUACUUCAUACGAGCGAUGCAAGCGUUUCCUCGGAGCGCUUAAGUUACACUUCCUUGUCAAAGGCUCACUCUUCAAGGAGCGGGCAGUUGAGUCUUGGACACAUGUUACCCGCCAUUGGUUCUGAUCUGCCUUCGUCGGACUACAUGCGUUAUCCGAAGCCACCAGUGGAAUUUAGAUCUACCUCAGACCAGCACUCACAGCGAAUCGCUGAUGCAGCGCCGUGGGAUCUGGCGAAUGUCGUUCAUCCUUCUAUGACUUAUUCAGACCAAUAUUCCGCCUCAACUUCACCUACAAGAACAAAUGUAACUCAAGACGUCGGUGUAAAGAGUUCAAAGCACACACCUGUGCCAGAUGGGCUGUUGAAUGGCUCCAAAUUUAUAUCUGCAGAUCGCAUGAACUGGAAUUCGGACCGUGUGAUCACUACCUCGGGUUUCUUCAGUCCUGAUCCUUCAGAUCAUACUACGGAUCUCCCGACUUUCGCUUUUUCAGAAUUAGACAGAAUGCGUCUUUCGAAGGUUACUGUCGAAAACCCGGCUGCUCACAUUCCAGACACGCAGGCCAGUACAUUCCCUUUUCCUCUGGCAAAUGGUCCUUCCGAUCUGUCUCUCCUAGCAGGGUCUGAGUUGGGCACCAUGACUUCUAAACUACGUUAUCGCUCUCAUUCUCCCCAAUUUGUUGAUUCUGUUGCCGGUAACUCUCUAAGGAACUCAGCCACCUCUUUCAGACCAUCUGACCAACCAAUUGAGUUGCACUUUUCUAUUGACUCCAAUGAUGAUCGAGCGGUCCUCAACCAUAUUAACCGGAUGUAUGACACUCCGAUCGAAGCUGCAUCAAAUUGUGACAACCCACACAAUCCGAAAUAUGAGUUAAGCUUUGAUCAAGAUGUUCCAUUCUCCUCAAGUCCCACUUCCAUCUCCUUUCGAGCCAGUUUGAGUGCAAUCGGUCCGGAUGAAUUCCAUUGGGAUUCCAUGACCUAGGUGUAGUCCCCUCAUUUGUCAUUGCUGUGUGAUUGGCUUUAGAUACUUUCACACACGCACAUGUUGCCUUGUUCUACUCAUAUCAGCCCUCUCUGGGCAUUUCUCUAGUCACCACUAUUUUUUCUGGUGAAUGACUUUUCCCCGAUACUUUUGCCCCCACCUCUCCACAUUGACAUUUGUGUCGCUGCAAUUAAGUUUUUUGCUUAGUGCAUUUAUCUACCUAGUCGAUUUUUUCCUCGCGUGCACCUCGGUUGCCCAGAUCUAAAAUCCAUGCAUCCACUAGUUAUAUCCUCGCCUUGCCCGCAUGACAUAUCAUGUAUCGAUUGAUAACUUGUGUUUUAUUUUCACGAAUGUGGCAAAUUUUACUUAAUGUUUAUUUAGUUUAUUUACAGUCGUUGCUUAUCACCAACCAUGCACAUAUCACUCACGUUUCUCUUAUUCACUUACGGUUUAGUUCUCCUCUUCAGUUAUUCUUGUGAAGAGAGGGUCUCAAUCGCACCUCAUCACAUAUCCUCAUUGGCUGUGUUUUUUACACCGUUCCACUUGUUGCUCUGAUUUACAGACUGAUGUUGCCUCUCGUUCGUUUUUCCUCUGUUUUAACCGUAUUUAUCCCUAGUUAGUUCACACGAAAGCGACAUAUCCAUUCUCUGCUUGUCCCACCAAUGACAACACCUCCAAAACUGACAUCUACUCCGACGUGAAUAUGCCGUCCAACAUUCGUUCUGCUCGGAUCCAAUCGUUCAUAUCAGCAUUCACGCCUUUAUACAAUCUUGUUUUGCACAUUUUGAGUCAUUUUCUUAUUCGCUCUUUUAAUUCCUCUGUGAUCAUCAGUCAGUCAACGUUUCUUACUAAUGCCGGUACGAUGAUGAUCGCAUGGACUGCAUUUAUUACUCGAAUUCUUUCGGUUUGUUAGAAGUACUCAUGUACAUUCCAUAUUGAGAGAACCCCCUAAUGAGCUUUUCCAUUAUGUACGAUUUUUAACUGAAUUUACUUUAUGGCUGGGUCUCUAAUUUGUUGGUUGGUUACAAAACUGGAGCUUUGAUCAUUGAAAAUGAGUCUUUUUCUAUUCUCUUUAUUAUAGCCAUCAGUUAUGAUAUUCGCUUCAAAUACAGUAUUAGUGACCGG